UAGGCAACGUACGUUUCCGUUCAGCAGAUUAGAGGAGGGGUUUUGUAGUGAAAAUUGUGCUGUGAUUAUUUAUCUCUUGUGAGAAGAUCAUCUGUAAUUUUUGCAGUUUGCAGGUGUAUACUGAAAGGUGACAUAUCUUAUUUGUCGUAUGUCCAUCCAGAAUCUGAACACAUUCGACCCCUUUGCUGAUGCAAUCAAGGGUUCAGAUGAUGAUGUCCAGGACGGUCUCGUGCAUAUAAGAAUUCAGCAACGCAAUGGUCGGAAGACUUUAACUACUGUACAGGGUCUAUCAUCUGAGUAUGACUUGAAGAAGAUUGUCCGAGCAUGUAAAAAGGAGUUUGCCUGCAAUGGCACUGUGAUUGAACAUCCCGAGUACGGUGAAGUGCUCCAGCUCCAGGGUGACCAGAGGGAAAACAUCUGCCAGUGGUUAACCAAGGCCGGCCUCGCAAAGCCUGAACAACUAAAAGUUCAUGGUUUUUAAAGAAAACCUCUCACAAAUGAUCCUCCCAUUACACUAAAUUAUUGCAACCAAGGAGUCUGAAAGGUGUUAUUUGUAUCUGUUGUGGGACACUUGACGUCUGUUAUUGUUGAAUUUGGGCACGUCGGCACUACUGUUCUGUCUGUAUCUUUUUUUUUUUUAAGCACGCAAUAAUCUUAGCUCCCUUAACCUGUUACGCUCUUUAGAUUCCGGACAAGUCUCUUGUCCAACAGUUAGAAGCAAUGUGCGUGCUUUGUGUGAGAUAGCAUGUAUCUGAGGGCUGUUGAUGAUUUUAGAGAAAUUUACCAGCCCCUUAGGAGGAAAAAGUGUUAACAGUGGAUUUUUUUAUUAUUAUUUAAUGGGGGAGGGGUGUUGUAUGCAGUUUUGUAAUCACAAGAACUAUUUUUGUAAGGGGAAACCUUUUUGAACCUGGCUGUUUGUUAGUUUUUGGUUUAUUUUGAGGCCUUCUGACAUCUUACACUACAUUUAGUUUUGAGUAUGGUUAUUCACUUGGCAUAACAGCACUGCAUACUGAUGAUUCAAAUCUCCAACCUCUCCAGUUUGAUAUUUCGUGCCUUUUGGGGGGAUCAUGCAGAUAUGAGUUGCAGUUCAGAUAAUGCUUCAGUAUGACUGUUAAGCGUCCCUAAAAUUUGGAAUUUUCUUUCCUGAAUUUAUUUGUCAUUCUGUUUAAUAUGUGGUUAACUAUGUUUUUAAAACUAGUUUGUUAACUUAUGUUCUAAGCUUCCUUGAUUUUGGUGUUUAAAGAAUUGUAAUAAUAAGCUGAAUAGAGUGGUUGAAGUGUAUAAUAGUUCAGUUGUUCAGCUGAAACUUAAUCAGCACAUGUGACUUUAAUACUCCAUCCCAAAUUUUAAUUAUUUUCUAAACUUCAUUAAUUUGGUGUUCAAUGAAAUGAAAUAGUAGGCUGAAUAGAGUGGUUCAAAUGUAUAAUGGUUCAGUUGUUCAAAUAAAAGUUAAUCAGCACA